GGAAAAACUCUUACUUCAAGAAGAAUGUCACAAUGGGCCCAACUCAAUUGAAAAUCCAAAGUUGAAAAAUACAAUUUAUUUUGGCUGAGACAAUGGGUAAAAAAACACAGAGGCUAGUGGAACAGACUACCUUUACAAAUAUUACAUCUCAGAUACUGUCCAGUGCAGUGAUCAAUGGUACUAAUUAAUGUGUGUUGACACUUUUGACUGUCCAAUUUCACUCACAAACCCACCCAAAUCAUGUUACUUAUUAUAUAUAGUAAUGCUGUGGUGAGCCAUUUUGCUCCAUCAAUUUGGGCAUGGCUGAAUUCAAUCAUCUGGUGCUGGUGAAGUUCAAAGACGACGUCGUCGUCGACGACGUCUUGAAAGGUUUGGAGAAGCUUGUCUCCGAAAUGGAUACUGUCAAAUCCUUUGUAUGGGGGCAAGAUAUCGAGAGCCCGGAGGUUCUAAGGCAAGGAUUUACGCACUCGUUCUUGAUGACAUUCGGCGGCAAGGAAGAUUUCACGGCAUUCGCCGCCCAUCCCAAUCACCUCGAGUUUUCUACGACGUUUUCUGCUGCGAUUGACAAGGCCAUUCUCCUCGAUUUCCCGGCUAAAACCGUCAAACCUCCUCCCGUUGCAGCUUGAUUACAAAAAGUGCGCUCAUACAUAACGGUUUUUCAAAAUGUCAGUUAUAUAUGCAGUGUUAUGCAUGAGAGUUUUUUUUUUUUUUUUUUUUUCUAGCAGUGAUGAUAUAUGUGAAGUGUGUGCACUGUGUGUGUUUGAGGUGCACUUGCAUGGUUUUUAUGGAUUCUGUUAGCCUAAUAAUGGAGUUCUCUUUUGUUUGAAUUUGUACUACUCUCCAUCACCAUUUGUAUCAGAAUUAUGUUGAAUGAGAUAUGGGAUUAAAAAAAUUUAGAUUUCUGUUU